UUCUUUACACAGAAAUGGAAGAAGUGAAGCUACUAGGAACAUGGCCUAGUCCCUUUUGUUACAGGGUCAUAUGGGCUCUGAAACUGAAGGGUGUGAAGUAUGAAGAUGUGGAAGAGGACCUUGUCAACAAGAGUGAUCGUCUUUUACAGUACAACCCAGUUCAUAAGAAGGUACCGGUGCUCGUUCAUGGUGGAAAACCGAUCUUAGAGUCUACUACUGUUAUUCUUGAAUACAUUGAGGAGGUGUGGCCACAGAAUCCCUUGCUUUCUGAUGACCCUUAUGAGAGGGCCACGGCUCGGUUUUGGACUAAAUUUGGAGCGGACAAGAGCCCCAUUUUUAUUAAAUUUUUUCAUACAGUUGGGGAAGAGCAUGAGAGGGCAAGAAAAGAGGGACAAGAAGUGCUGAAAAUAAUGGAAGAACAAGGGCUUGGAGAAAAGAAAUUUUUUGGAGGGGACAAAGUUGGACUGGCAGACUUGGCAUUUGGAUGGAUAGCUGGUUGGCUUCAAGCGAUGGAAGAAGCAGCUGGUGUGAAGCUUUUAGAAGCCAACAUGUUUCCUCGCUUGGAGGAUUGGAUCAAGAAUUUCAGAGAAGUCACUGUGAUCAAGGACAACCUUCCAGGUCAUGAAGAAUUGUUGGACUAUUUCAGGCGCCUAAGAGAGAGGCUUGCUCUAUUAUCAACGUCGUAGCUAGGCACUGGUU